GUAUUGCUGAAAUUGCAUUUUCAGUCAUUUAUCGGUCCUCAGGUCGUUUCGAUUGCUUCGGGCGAUUCCUUUGAUUUAUUGUCAGCGUUAAAGGAUCCGCAAAUUCAGCUGAUUUAUCAACAUAAAAAUAUUGAUAAUGAUGCAGAAGCAGGUCUUCAUUUUUCACUGAAACCUGAAUAUUUGGUAAAAAGCAACAAAAUUCGUGAAUUCUUUCUUUUCAAUGAUGGAGUUGUAGUUUUUUGGGGUCUCGAUCAACGUUCCCAGAUUCUUCGGCUUCUACGAAAAUACAUAAAUAAUCCCUAUGAUUCAAAACUUGUCGAAGAGGAAAUCGAAUCAAUGUCAUUUCUUAUCACUAAUGAAGAUGAAACAUGUAUUAAAAAUGAUCGAUUCUUGAUAAAUAUACAAAAGCAUGAAACUGAAUUUAAUUCAAGUAAAUCUAUAUUAGAACGAUAUGCUUUCUCACAUGGAAUGGCAACAUCAGUGAAAAUAGCUAUAUGGGAAUCACAAUUAAGUGAGCGUGCAGAAAUACUUGCUAUUACUACAAAAGCAUUAAGUGAAGGAUAUAUUCCAUGGAAGCGAAAAGAAGUUUUAAAACUGAUCGGAUACUUUUCUGAUCUGAGGCACUCGAUAAAUUUAAAUUGUGAUUUAUUGAGUACAGAUUUUUACUGGGAAAAUGAACAUCUCGAAAAUUUCUAUGAUCAAGCAAUCAAGCAUUUUAUGGUGCGUAAAAGAAUGAGAUUACUCAACAAUCGUUUAGAUUAUUGUGAAGAUUUGGUGAAAUUAAUUGACGGAAUGUUGGCACAUCGCCAUGCUUCAACACUGGAAUGGAUGAUAAUUAUACUCAUUGUUAUUGAAGUUAUUUUCGAUAUAUUACAUUUUUUCGAAAAUUCUUUUUAUGAGAAAUUGCUCAAAAGAAUUGAUUCUUCUGACAGAUAUGAUAAAUGA